AACGUAGUCUCUCUUUUUCUAACCACUUCUCCAAAACUGAAACCUUUGUAGAGAGAACUCAUAGUUCGAUAAAACAUUCUUUUUUGCAACUGAGACUUGGCAACUUGUUUUUGCUCAAAGUGUGACUCCUUCUCGUUGAUGGUGAUAAGUAUUAUAUGAUGAAAAGUUUGGCUAGUGCGGUCGGUGGGAAGACGGCGAGGGCAUGUGAUAGUUGCGUGAAGAGGCGGGCACGUUGGUAUUGCGCAGCUGACGAUGCUUUCCUUUGCCACACGUGUGACGGUUCGGUCCACUCUGCGAACCCUCUUGCUCGUAGGCACGAGAGGGUCCGCUUGAAAACGGCUAGCACCGGAAAGCAUCGCCAUGCGUCCUCUUCCUCACCGCCUCAUCAAGCUACGUGGCAUCAGGGAUUUACUCGUAAAGCUCGGACCCCACGCGGGGGAAAGAAGAGCCACACGAUGGUUUUUCAUGAUCUUGUGCCGGAGAUGAGCACGGAGGAUCAGACGGAAAGCUAUGAGGUGGAAGGGCAGCUCAUCUUUGAGGUGCCGGUGAUGAACCCGAUGGUUGAGGAGCAAUGCUUUAACGAAUCCGUCGAGACAAAGAUCGAGUUUCCGAUGAUGCCCGUGUGUUUCAAGAGCAGCGAUGAAGAAGACGAGGAUAACGCUGAAAGUUGUCUGAAUGGUUUAUUCCCAACUGACAUGGAACUGGCUCAGUUCACAGCUGACGUGGAAACUCUCCUUGGUGGAGGGAUAGAGCGAGACUUUCAUCCCACGGAAGAUCUAGGGUUAGGUCAGAUGUUGAAGAUCAAAAAAGAAGAGGUUGAGGAAGAGGAAGGAGUCGCGACCAGAGAUGUGUGUGAUCUUAAUAAAGUUGAUGAGACUUCUCCAUUUGAAAUAAGCUUUGACUACGAAUACGCAUCCAAGAGCACAUACGAAGAAGAAGAAGAAGAAGAAGAAGAAGAAGAAGAAGAAGAAGAAGAAGAAGAAGAAGAAGAUGAAAAAGAAGACGUGAUAAAGAAUGUUAUGGACAUGGGAGUGAAUGAGAUGAGUGGUAACAUUAAGGAAGAGAAGAAGGAGAAGGCUCUUAUGCUUAGAUUGGACUACGAAUCGGUUCUUUCCACUUGGGGAGGCCAAGGGAUCCCAUGGACUGCUCAAGAGCCAUCUGAAAUAGACCUCGACAUGGUUUGUUGUCCAACCGAUUCCAUGGGUGAAACUGGAGCAGAUCAAGCUCACCACUACAACCACUUUCGUGGCCUAGGGUUACACAUGGGAGAGGCUGGGGAUGGAGGAAGAGAGGCCAGGGUUUCAAGAUACCGAGAGAAAAGAAGGACAAGGUUGUUCUCCAAGAAGAUAAGGUAUGAGGUACGCAAACUGAAUGCAGAGAAAAGGCCUCGAAUGAAAGGAAGGUUCGUGAAGAGAUCUUCAAUUGCUGCUGCUCACUAAAGAACUUGAUUAAUUAUGGAAUUUUUUUCUGCCCUCUUCUUGCUUUUUUGGUGAUAGUUGCUAGCUUUCUUUUUCUGCAUUGAUAGAGAUUUUUGCACGUUUUGUGAGCUACGUAUGUACAUAUGAUAUAUAUCACCAAAAAUGUGACUAUCUUGUAAGCACUGAUCUAUAUAGUUGAUAUACCGUAAAUUUUGAA